AGGCACUGCUUCCAGUGCCGUAGGCAUGAAACGACCUACAGAUCCUAGAUAUGACGCAGUGGAAACAUAUGAUGACAAGCUUGCGAACUGGACCCGAACUGAACUUCAGCUAAGUAGACUUCACGAGGAAAUACUGACCCAGAGGGAGGCUCUGAUGAACUAUAGCUUAUCUUACACAAGAAGUCAGGAUAGUCGUAUACUUCAAGAGACAGCAGAGCGGGAGCGAGCACGAUUAAGGAAUGAACAAUUUCUUCAGAACAUUGCUGAUACUGGUGAGUUACUUGAGGCUGAAGCGGCAAUUCCUCCUAGCCCAAGACUGACCACACUCCAGAAUAACUACUGGGCAAUGGUGCGCAGCAUGGUUCCACUGUACGAGAAAAGUCUGGAGCACCAUAACAGGGGGUCCCACAGCCAUCGCAGCAGCUCAGCUAUGGUUCAAAAACAGUCCACCUCAAGUCACAAAGGAAGAUCAUCCAAGUCAAGCAAGAAAAAGACAAAGAAAGCAUGAUUAGACAUAUUAAGGACUUUUCUUUAUAUAUUCUUGUCAUCAAAAUAUACAUCGUUACAGCAAAAUAGGGAAACAUGUCAUAUUAUUUAACUGUUUAGACAUAAUUACUUCUUACACACAUAUUUUCUGCCGUCUUGGUUGGAAACAAAACAGAUUUCUUUUUUUUUCUAGAAGCAAAUUAAAAGACGGAUAGAUCAACAAACUUUAUGUAAGUCUCCAGCUGUAUGUAAGUCCUGUAAGCGAGUCAGGUUUGUUAUUUUCAAAUUCAGCUGGAGUAUCUAAGAUACUGAAUAUGAUGAAACUUAUUUAUCUCACUGCCAUUAUACAUGUAUGUUCCUUGUUCUGAAAGAUUUUUUACUCAGUAUUAUAUCCCUCCAUCAGUACUUUAUUUGUCAUCAUAGAUUUACUUCAUAUCUACAAAGCACUUGAGAUUAUGAUGAUGAAAUACCUCUCUUCGUUCUUAAUAUAUGGCUCAAUCACAUUUCAUUUCCCCAUUCUGGACUUUUCAUGUGUAACCUGUUUGUUGUGAACACUGUGUACAGAGACUAGAAUAGGUCACAUUUACCAAAGCAAUAUAGUAUAAAUAGAAUGUUAACAACAACAAAACUUUUUAUUUAAUUUUGUGCAAUAAAAGUACAUCUGGUGACUAAAUAUCUGUCAUUGGGUGUUAGAAACACAGGUAGCCUACAUACUUGGCAAUAAGGGAACGUCUGAUUAUAAGCCCACACAUAUCAAACUGCUGUACAGUAAAAUUACAAAUAAAUGUUAUUUCAAUUUGAUGUGAUAAGUCCACCUCCUGACUUAAGUUAUAGGUAAUGUGUUAGUCCUUUAGCAUAUUGUACAAUAAUAGCCUCAAAGAAAUUGUGGUCAACAAAAGAUGAAACCUCCAGAAGUUUAAAACAAAUUUGUUUGUGAUUAAAUUCUGAUGAUUGACAUCGUUAGGUGUUUAAAGGUCUACAUUCUAUUGUCAUAAACCAAAACAAGGAAGGUUGACAUAAGUUAUGACAAACAUACAGAUGUUUGAAUUUUAAGACUUUGUUGUUUACAAUAGAUGUUCAUUAAUGUUUGUGUAUGUUUAUCUCUGUUAUCUUUUACAUAUGUACAACAGAUGUAUAAAUAUUUUGUGUGCAUAC